AGUCGGUGAAUGAUAGUCGCUGUGGUUUUCAGAGGAAAAAUGUAUCUUUUUUGAAAAACCUCAAAAAAUAUUUCCACAUUUCAAAACACAGGGACGAGAUAAAUUUUUUUUUUAAUCUUUCUUUCGUUUGCAUCUUUUUCAAAGGAUCCGUCUGACCCUUCGCACCGGAGGAUCUCUCUCCUUUUGUCUGCUCUUCAACUAGUUCCCCCCGCUCAGAGAAACAACAACAGGGGGGUUUCAUUUCUGUUUUUUUUUUACCGCCGGGUUGAUCACACGCGGAAUGAAUGACAAAGUCAAAGGAGGUUGAUGUCCACAACUCUCACCUCUUCUUCGCCUCGCCCAAGGAACGGAGGCUUCACCUCCGGCAGAAGAUGGAAGCUGGAGGCGGGAGGGAGAGCUCGGACAGCGGGCAGGCGCAGCACGCGGUGGCCGGGCAGCAGCAGCCCGGACCGGACAACACGGAGCCUUCGAUACUCUUAGCCCGGGGAGGAAAGAAGAAGACAAAUCGUGCUCCGUCACCGGCUCGACCGAAGGAUGUUUCCGGGUGGUCCCUCACGAAGAUCCGCGGUGGCAUCGGAGCCCCCAGCCUGAGCGUGAAGCCGGGUGCCAUCCACCUGGGGAGCCGUGUCUCCAGACGGAGCCCCGUCGGAACCCUGAGUGGGAAAGACAGUAAAGCCGAUAAAAGUGGUGGGAAAUCGGCAGGAAAGUCUUCAGUCACGCCGAGGACCUCCGCGACCAAGAUGGCGAAAAGUAACAGCGGAGUUCGGAGGAAGGUGUCGGACGCCAGCAUUGGAUCGGACGACCUGUCCAAAGACUCCGGCUGCGCCCCUGGCAAACUCUCCCCCGCCGACAGCAGCUCGGAACUGUCGGACUGCGCCUCCGAGGAGCACAAACUCUCCACGGACGCUCCAAGCAGUGACACCGAGUCGAGGAGUAGCCGAGGCGGUGAGUGGAACGGAACCACCCAUCGACAGUCCUCAGCUAAAAGGGCCGACAAGGACCGACUGGCCAUGGGUGUCGAACCCGGCGAGGAGAGCACAUCGCCGGCUGAGGAGCGCUCGUUAACCUCGGUGGACAGCCGGAUGCCAGCCAGCACGUCUUUGGCCUUCUCUGACCUCACUGAGGAGUUUGUGGACGGCAUGCAUGAGGAGUUUGUGAGAGAACUAGAGGAGCUCAGAUCUGAAAAUGAUUACCUCAAAGAUGAAAUGGAGGAGUUGAGAUCCGAGAUGCUGGAGAUGAGAGACAUGUACAUGGAGGACGACGUCUACCAGUUGCAGGAACUACGACAACAGCUGGAGCAGGCGAACAAGACUUGCCGCAUCCUGCAGUACCGGCUGAGGAAGGCAGAGCGUCGCUCUCUACGAGUGGCUCAAACGGGGCAAGUGGACGGAGAACUAAUCCGAACGCUGGAGCAAGACGUCAAAGUGGCCAAAGAUGUGUCCAUCCGUCUCCACAGUCAGCUCGACGGCGGAGAGAAGAAAAGGGCUCGUCUCGAGGAAGAGAACGAGGAGCUCCGAGUCCGACUCCAAGACCUGGAGGUGUCCAAACAGGUCCUACAGCAGGAGAUUGACAAGAACUCCCAGAAGAAAAAAGGAGCUCGGCCAACCAACAACAAACCCGACAAGAAGCACUGCCCACAGGAAGACAGCUCAGACCUGAAAUGUCAACUCCAUUUUGCUAAAGAGGAGUCAGCCCUCAUGUGCAAGAAGCUGACCAAGCUGGCGAAGGACAGCGAGGCCAUGAAGGAGGAACUGGCCAAAUUCAGGUCCUUGUAUGGGGACGUGGACGCCUCCAUCACCGUGGAGGAGGUCGCUGACUCCCCCCACACUCGCGAGGCAGAGGUCAGAGUUCACCUGAAGCUGGUGGAAGAAGAAGCCAACCUGCUGAGUCGACGCAUCGUGGAGCUGGAGGUGGAGAACAGGGGCCUCCGAGCUGAGAUGGACGACAUGAAAGGGCCACAAGAUGGGCCUCAAGAACUUAACAAUGCCAGCGGUGGUCUGGCGUCAGCAGCAGUCGUCGGCGGAGGAGGCGCGUCGUCGUCUGAAAACGUCAUGGAACUCCAAAGGCACCUCCAGUUUGUGGAGGAGGAGGCGGAGCUUCUGAGGAGGUCCCUGAUCGAGAUGGAGGAACAGAACAAGCUCCUGAUGAACGAAAUCAACCGCUAUAAAUCGGAACUGCCCCCACCGACGUCGUCCUUGUCUUCUGUGGCCGCGUCGCUGUCGGAGAGGCUGCUUCACGACGGAGCUCUUCGCUCCUCCGUGCCGGGGGAGGCCGCCGUCCUCAUCAGCCCGGAUGUCCCCCCCCAGGAGGAGGAGCUCAGAGGAGCCCGGCUCCAGAUCGGAGAACUGAGCGGGAAGGUGAAAAAGCUGCAGUACGAGAACAGAGUGCUGUUGUCCAACUUGCAGCGGUGUGACCUGGCGUCCUACCAAGCGCCGUCCUCAUCCUCCUCAUCUUUAAGAGUGUCUCUGGAGACGGAUGAAGAGGCUGGAGACUCAGCAGACUGUCUUCCCAUCAGUCCACCACAUCGCAAAGAGCCACUGGGGGUGGAGAAUGAGUCGCAGGAGAACUCCGAACACAAAACCAAAGCGUUCGGCCUCCAGGGGUUGAAGGACCACGAUGCUUUGCUCACCAUGAGGGACCAGGCUCGCUUGGUUUCCACGGCGAUACAGCUCCUCACCGCCCCGGAGUCCAACUGCCUGCCGUCGUCGCCAUCCAUCUAUCACAAGGCGGCGGAGUCAUGUGACCUGGAGAAACCUCCGCCGCACUGCCAGAUCUCGGAGCUUUCUGACUUGGCGGACCGUCCCCUGGUUGGAGCUCUGACCAGCAGGCUCCAGGCUCUCCACAGCCAGCUGCAGGUCUUUGUGGAGCGUGUCGACAGCUUGGGUAAAUCCUCACUCGCCGUGGGUGAGGGCACGCCUCCCCUGACCUCACCCGUCCAGCGCUCACCUUCCGCUAAAGACGACGCGCUGAAGGCUGCAGCCGAGAAGCAGCAACCUGAUUGUAGGGAGCAGCUGGAGGUCCAAGGUGAAAUGGACCCGGGAGACCAGCAGACAGAACUAAAAGAUGAUGAGGAGCUGGAGAUGGAGAAGAAGACCCAGAGAGAAAUCACGCUCAGACUCUCACAGCUGCAGGAGGAGCAGCAGAAGGCUCUGCUCCGGCGGGACUUCCAGCUGCAGAGUUUGGGCCUGCAGGCUCGGCUCCAGCAGAAGCUGUGGGGCCAAGAGAGGACUCUGCUGGUGCAGGAGUCUCAGCACCUCAAACAAGCUCUGCUGCUGCUCAGCCUCAAACUGCGCUGCUUCCUCAAACACUGGAGGCUGGGCUGCAAGAAGGACACGGAGUGGAAGGACAUCCUGGAGAUGAACAACCUGAAGGACCUCUACAUUUUACUGGAGGAAGACAACCUGACGAGCCCCGCCCACCAUACCGACAAAAAGGCUGACGCAGAUGAACACGCGCUGGGCCCGGCAAUCAAGUUGAGCGCUGUGAGCAGCACGCUGGCAGACCUGAAGGUGGCGCUGCAGGAUCUGAGCGGCGAGCUGCGCCAGGAGCGACAAAGCUCCCAGGAGCUGACGCAGCAGUUUGCCAAGGCCAAGGCAUCAUGGGAAGUGAAGAGGACCGAACUGAAGAACCUCAUUACUCAGCUCGAGACCAAAGCAGGCAAAGCUGCAACAUUGUCCUCCGCCGACGCAGCGGGCCCGCCUGACCUGAAGGUGGCGCUCAUUAGGGAGCGGGAGGAACACCAACACCUUCUGGCUGAGUCCUACGCAGCUGUGAUGGACCUGACCAAGCAGCUUCAGAUCGGAGAGAGGAACUGGGGCAGGGAGAAGCUGGAGCUGCUGGAGAGGUUCAGCCAGGAGAGAGCUCAGUGGGAGCAAAGGCUGAGAGAGGCUAAGUUAAAGUCAUCAUUAGGAUCUGCGUCCUCUGUAGACUCAGCCAUCACUAAUGGAAUGAGAGAAAGGACCAAAUCCACAGCAGAGCUGGAAGACCCAGAACAUUUAGAAGGCCUACCUCCUUUGAUUUGUCCACAGCUGAGUGACUCCAACAAGAAGAACUGGACCUAUCUGAAUAAUGAGACACCAGAGGUCAGCGGUAUCUGUAAGACCUGGGACGGCCCGAGCGCCAGCGGCUCCUGCAACAACUUAGCCCCAUCAGGACUGGAUCUGGAGUCCGUCCAGAGGAGCCACACCGCUCCAGAAAGCACCGGCAUUCGGAUGUAUUACAGCCCUCCCGCUGUCCGCCGCAUGGAGCACAAAAGAAGGACGCAGGAGGUUAAAAAGCUGCAGGGGAAGACGGAGAGAACAUCCACGCUGAGCGUCUCUGAGGCGAGCCUGGCGGACCUGCAGCAGCCCUCGUCCUCCUGUUCCUCUUCUUACGAGCAGUGGCUGAGCUCGCUGUCCAAGCAGCACCGAGAGCUGCUGGAGAGCAGGAGUGGAUGCACCGCCUCGUCCGACAGUGCCGGCGUGAUCAACGACGACGUCGCGCCCUCCGCUGCCAACGGGAUGACCUCCUCGCCGUUUCACGGCCUGGAAAUUGGAGAGAUUUCUGCUAACUUAAGUGACGAUAUGAAAGAGAUGACCAACUGUGUACGACAGGCCAUUCGCUCGUCAUCUCUGGAGAGGAAAUCCAGCAAAGAACCAGCGGUGGGCAUGUCCAGCAGGUCCACGCAGACCACGGCUCAGUGUGUCAGCAUUGGGCUUCAAACCGACAACCUCCCCAGCAGCAGAGGCGCAGGUUUCCACUCCAAAGCCUGGUCUCCCCGACCGUCAUCUGCAACCACCUCGCCCUUAGCGUCAGCCCGCACUCGGCAGAUCUCGACAUCCCUGGAUAAAGUCCACGGCCGAAUCGACAGGCCCUGUUGUUCACCCAAGUUUGGUUCCCCGAAGCUUCAACGUCGUGUGUCCUCCGGCUCCACCUCCAGACUUGAUGGAGUACCCCCUCCAUCCAGAGACCGCAGCCUGUGGAGCCUCCAGCAGAGGACAAUGAGUGGAGGCGGUGGCUCAGCCUGGGCUCGCUCUACCACAACCAGGGACAGCCCCGUGCUCAGCGGCCUCACUGACGGCCUCUCCAGCCUCUUCAGCGUGGUGGAGCAUGCUGGAAGCACAGAGUCACUCUGGAGGGGGGAUGGAGCUGCCAGUCCAGCGCGACACCCUCACAGUGCAGGAAAGCCCUCUUGCCCCUCCGUCUGCGGCUCCGAGUCAAACGCUCAGCGCUACGGAGGCCUGGUGCAAGAGUUCUUCAAGAGUGUGUGCAGCGGCCGUAGGGAUGGCGAGAGGACGCAGAGAGAGCCCCUCAUUGUCGGAGACUUCAACUGCGUGGACGAGCCCAGGCUGGAAUGCCUUCCGCCCGGGGCGGGGGAUCUCGGAGCCUUGGCUGGACUUAGCGCAGCCAACGACAACGUGACCAGAAUCGUGAACAAGCGGUUCAUGAGACAGACGGCAGGGGACGAGAUGGUCUGUAUCAUGGGAGGAGGGAAGGAAGUGGCGGGAAAUCACAGCACAGCAGGACCAGGAACUGAGGACGGACCCUGCGACUGCAUCAUCCAGUCCUCUUGUCCCGCCAGACCUUCUCGAGUCUCCCGCAACUCACUGGGACAGUGCAAGCACCGGCCGCACGAGACCUCGGCCUCCGUCGAGGAAAAGGGGGACACUUUGGCAGAGUGACGACACUUGUUUGUACACAACAUUUCCUGUUUAACGCUGCACACCACUGUCCCUCGACACAUUCCCCCCUCCACCCCCGUCACUUCAUGUAACCCGCACUGCCAAACAUAACACACACGCCUCACAUAAAUACCACACGAGUACCAGCAGUUACACUUUAUUGACAAUAAGACCACUACGGACCUACCCUCUUUUUAACAUGUCAUUGAACACCACUGAUAAGUGGAGCUUAAUAUAAAGAAUGUAGAACCGUGCAUGUGUUUUGCAUGCAAUAAAACCAGAGACCUUUUUAGAACUCUCUCCGUCUACCAGACCAAUAGGGUGUGCGUUCACACUUGCCAUGUUUAUUUCGUUCUCCUCGUCCCAUUGAGAGAUGAGUCUCGGUCAAGUGAACUCUGGUUCACCUUCGAGUACUACAUGGCGCCAAGGACCAGUGUUAAAGGGGAACAUUAUCAUAAUUUCAGAAGGGUUAAAACCAUUAAAAAUCAGUUCCCAGUGUCUUAUUAUAUUUUUCGAAGUUUUUUUCAAAAUUUUACCCAUCACACAAUAUCCCUAAAAAAAGCUUCAAAGUGCCUGAUUUUAACCACCCGUCCAUUUUCCUGUGACGUCACAUAGUGAAGCCAACACAAACACACAUGGCGGAAAGAACAGCAAGGUAUAGCGACAUUAGCUCGGAUUCAGACUCGGAUUUCAGCGGCUUAAGCGAUUCAACAGAUUACGGAUGUAUUGAAACGGAUGGUUGUAGUGUGGAGGCAGGUAGCGAAAACAAAAUUGAAGAAGAAACUGAAGCUAUUGAGCCAUAUCGGUUUGAACCGUAUGCAAGCGAAACCGACGAA